UCGAGUUUUGAUGAAAAAAAAAACUAAAGUAAAGUAAAAAGACAGUUGACAGAGCUCGGAGGACUCAAACUAAAACUCAGAGAAAAGUGGUUGUUUGAUCCUCUGCGAUGUCUUCAGCAGACAAAGAGAGUCCAUCUUACCCUCAAUUUGAUACUGAGCUUACUCCCAGCUACGGCUAUGUGGGAACAUGGGAGGAUGCCAAGGCCAUGAAAGAGUUCUUUGAGUUACAGAAAGCACUUCGCUUCCCUGCAUUGAGGACUUCAACGUCCUUCGGAAAGACAGAUAUUCUGAAAGGAAAGAGAAAGAAGUACAAAUGGGCAGAGGCAGAUGAGUACGUAGCUGGGGGCGCCAUCCCCUACGAUGGUGUUCCGUUCAUCAUCUUGGACAAGAACAUCUACGAGUGCGAGUAUGGAGUGGAUCACAAGCUGAAGAGAAAGUCAUUGAGAGGAAACAGACAUAAUCAGGAGAAUGAUGCGGAGGGCAACACGCAGAAGAAGCAGGCAGCUGAGAUAGAGAAGAGAAAGAAAAGAAACUGCCCCGCCAAGAUCCGCAUGAAAGAAAUCAUGAAGUUUCCUGAUUUUCAGAUUGACCCAGAUACGCGUUAUAAUAGGAACAAAGGAGCAGAGAAUCUGAAUGCAGCCAUAGCUCAGGGAGCUGUGAGAGGGGAAAGGAGAAUCUACAUCUACUUCCCGCCAGACAGUGAGCACAGAGGUCAUGAACUCAGAAGUCAGGUGUGUGCCACCAAGCAGCAUGUGGAUGGGAGGGUGCUCUGUCUGAUAGACCACCUGGUAGAGGAGGGGGUGACCCUAGCCGAAGAGAUCAGCCAACAGAUUAGCCUUUGCGUUCAGGAUGCUGCAGCCACAAGCCAGCCAGGUAAAGAUGGAGCAGAUGGACAUACCAAGCUGUCGUGUCCAGAGGAAGCUGACAUCAGGUAA